AUGGCUUCACAACUCCAACCAGCGCUGCGAAGCGCCGCCGAUGCUUCCCCGGGAACUCUAGCCGAGCUCGCGAAGCGCAUUAAUAUACCGCUUGAACCGAACAGUCCGCCUGGCUUGGUACAGGCCCUCACGGUAGAUCCGUGGUCGCAGUCUGGAAAAUAUGGAUUGGGAUGGACAUAUUUCGCGCUUGCCAUUGGGGCCCUGGCCGUGUUUAUGAGGGUAUGGCACUACUGGCAGGACAAGAUCCGGCAAGCCAUCUACAAGCAGGACAUGGAGCAUUUUCAGAACCUGUACUCGAUGGACCCAGGGUGGGAUAGGUCGGCGGCUCUCGCAACGGGUGUGACGGCCUCGGAAUCAGGACGGCAUUUCUUCCCGGAGGAGCAGCACGUCGAGGAGAAGAAGUUCAAACCGAAGGCGCAUUUCUCGUCUGUCGGCUUUUUCAACGACACACUGGCCCUGUUUAGAUGGGUCUUUUACCGCCCAAUCCCGGAUAUCGUGUUAAGGAAACAGCGGUUCACAUUCAGCUCUCUCGCCGUGCUGGGCUGCGCCUUCAUCUCCGUCGCGUUUGUGACGAUCUUCUGCUUCCUGCAGCAGCCUCUCUACUGGCAGAGCAUCCGGUUCGGAUCCCCACCGCUCGCCAUCCGGUCCGGCAUGAUUGCCGUCGCCAUGACACCUUGGAUCAUCGCGACCAGCACCAAGACAAACCUCCUUACCAUGAUCACAGGCAUUGGCCCCGAGCGCCUUAACGUCUUCCACCGCUGGCUGGGAUAUCUCUGCCUCUUCAUGUCGCUGGUCCACAUGAUCCCCUUCUAUAUCCAGCCGGUCUGGGAGGAUGGUGGGAUGCGGGUCUUCGAUACAUUGUUCCCCCCUGGGAGCGGGAUUAUCUAUGGUUCUGGCAUUGCCUGCAUCGUUCCGCUCUGCUGGCUCUGCGUGGGCUCGCUGCCCAUCAUCCGGAGGACAGCGUACGAGAUCUUCUCGCUGCUACACGCUCCUGUCGGCUACAUUUACGUCGCGGUGCUGUUCUGGCACACUAAAAACUUCCUCAUGUCGUGGGGCUACCUGAUCGCGUCCGCCGCUAUCAUCGUCGUUUGCAACAUCCUCCGCGUCUUCAAGCUGAACUGGGCGAGGCCGUGGCGCAUGGCGUGGCUUGUGGGGGACGAGGCCGCCAUCAACAUCAUGACGGAGAACGCCAUCAAGAUCACCAUCCCGACACAGAUGCGGUGGAAGCCCGGUCAAUAUGUUUACCUCCGGAUGCCCGGGAUCUCUGUGUUAGAGAACCACCCGUUCACCAUUUCCUCCCUUUGCAGCGAGGAUUUUCCGUCCGAGUACGGUGAGGAAUUUCGAGACUGCGUACUUGUCUUCCGCCCGUACGGCGGUUUUACGCGCAAGGUGCUCGACACUGCCAUCAGCAAAGGGCCUUUCCACACCUACCGCGCCUUUCUCGACGGGCCAUAUGGUGGAAUGCGACGCGAGCUCGCGGCCUUUGAUACCUGCAUCCUGAUUGCCGGUGGGAGUGGCAUCACAUCGCUGAUGUCGCAGCUCUUGAACCUUAUUAAACGAAUGCGCGAUGGGAAAGCCAUCACCAAGAAGAUUGUGGUGGUGUGGUCGCUGAAGCGACUGGAAGCCAUGGACUGGUUCCGCGAGGAGCUCCGGAUUUGCCGCGAGGCCGCGCCACCAGAGAGCGUUACGUGCAAGUUUUUCGUCACAGCGUCGGUGCGGCAGAAGGCCAACGCGGCCGCCCUUCACAGCCGCGCACCUAGGCCCUUGAGCAACAUGUUCCACGAUAAGCUCGACGGGUUCGUCGCGGGUAUCGCGAGCAAGCGCAACAGCGCCCUCAUCACGUCCGAGGCCCAGGGCGACCCGGAGAGAGAGCGCGAGCUGCGGCGCGAGGAUGAAGAUCGCAUCACGGCUUUACCACAGCAGAAGUACCUACAACCUCACAACUUGCCCCCACCACCGCCGGGCCCGCCUCCUAACAUGAACGGGUUGUCUCCCGCGGAGGAGACGCUGCGUAGGCUCGAGGGCCGUGACAGCGAGGCCAAGAGUCUCGAGCGACCCACCUCCGAGGGCCAUUCCGGUGCCUCCAGCCAGCACAAGAAGAACGACGGUGAAUUCCACUUCCCGCCCCUCGGCGCCGCGCGCAGCGACGGUACUCCUUACUUUAACUAUGCCCCGCCAGCAGGGAGACAGCGCUAUAGCCAGAUCCUCUCCGAGGCAGACCCCCGCCUCAGUCAAGCGGGCGGUAGCGAGGCCGCGAGCGACACUAAACAACAACAACAACAACACCAAGGCACUGCCGAAGGGAGUGGCGGCGGCGGCGGCUCGGCGCCGGUGCACCCGCCGGAGCUCGCGCACCUGCGCACCGACGUGGGGGGGUUCUCGCGGCCGCGGCCGACGAGCACGAUCGGCCCGCCGUCGGGGUUCGACUUCGGGUUCCCCGAGACGCCGACCGAGUUCCAGCGGUCGCUGAUGCGGUUCGCCUUCCCGAUCCCGCACGAGAUCGACGGCGGCUGGAGCGUCGAGUACGGCCGGCCCGACCUGGGCUACAUGCUCAAGGAGUGGGCCACGGGCGGGCCCGACGGCCGCGGCAUCCUCGGCCGCCGCACCGCCGUCUUCGUGUGCGGGCCCCCGGCCAUGCGCGUCGGCGUCGCGAAUACCGUCGCCCGCCUCCAGGCCGAGAUUUGGGGCGAUGAUAUGCUCGAGGAGAUCUUUUUGCAUACCGAGAAUUAUGCUUUGUGA